AUUUCUUCUUCCAUAUCCUUCUUCUUUAUCCUAAAUUUAUUCUUCCUUUAACAUAGAAAGAUAGAGAAAAGAGAGAUGCUGUGAGAGAGAGAGAAAGACCCAGCCAUAGAGAUGCUGCCGUGACCCAGCUGUGGGUCAUGCCGAUGGUUUGGUUUUGUUAGCCAACGCGGUGGUUUGAUUUUUGGUUUUGUUAGCGUCGGGUUUGGUUUUUUGGGUUGGCUGUUAUCUAGUGUUUUGAUCUUAUUUUGUUAAAAUGCACUUGCUGAUGUGUAAUCACAUGAAGGAAUGCUGCAAAACACCCUUUUUAUUCACCGACUGCAUAGUAGGGCUCUCUAAUUUUAUUUAGUAAGAAUUCAAAAUAAUAAUAAAAAAGCCAAAUUGCAGAGAAUGUUGUGUUCAAAACAAAACCCCUAAUUCCCACUCCCCGGGAGAGAGGCAGACCAGAGAAAGACGAAAGUGAAAGAGAAAGAGAAAGAGAAAAAGCCAUGGGAGCUUAUUGCAACGACGACGUCUCUCUGUCCCCGAUGUACAGCUUCACUUCCUCCCAAGAUAUCAGGCUCUCCAAGCACGUCUACGACAACGUCCACGGCAACAUUUACCUCGAUCCCCUCUCUUUGAAGUUUAUUGAUACCCAGCAGUUUCAAAGGCUUCGUGAGUUGAAACAGCUUGGUUUGGCGCACCUGGUUUAUCCAGGCGCCAUGCAUUCAAGGUUUGAACAUUCUCUUGGGGUGUAUUGGCUUGCUGGUGAAGCUGUUCAAAAGCUUAAAAAUUUUCAGGGUUCAGAGCUUGGUAUUGAUCACUUUGAUAUUCAAACGGUGAAACUUGCAGGGCUUCUGCAUGAUGUGGGCCAUGGGCCUUUCAGUCACUUGUUUGAACGCGAGUUUCUUCCUCGGGUACUUGAUGGUCAUUGGUCUCAUGAAGAAAUGUCAGUGAAGUUGAUUGACCAUAUUGUUGAUGAUCACCAUAUUGAAAUUGAUCAUGAAAUGCUUAAAAAGGUCAAGGAGAUGAUACUGGCAAGCUCUGAAUUUGCACCGCCAAAGAGCUCAGGGGAGAAGCAUUUCUUGUAUGAUAUUGUUGCAAAUGGCCGAAAUGGAAUUGAUGUGGACAAGUUUGAUUAUAUUAUCCGUGAUUGUCGAGCUUGUGGUCUUGGAUGCAACUUUCAGUUUCAGAGGUUAAUGGAGACAAUGCGAGUAUUGGGUGAUGAGAUUUGCUAUCGUGCUAAGGACUAUCUUACCAUCCACAAGUUAUUUGCCACUCGAGCAGAUCUGUAUCGAACAGUUUAUACACAUUCAAAAGUAAAGGCAAUAGAGCUUAUGGUGGUAGAUGCAAUGUUAAAAGCUAAUGAUUAUCUAGAAAUUUCAUCUUACAUUCAAGAUCCUUCUGAGUACUGGAAGCUGGAUGACACGAUAAUUAAGACUAUCGAGACCGCUCCAAACCAGGAAUUGAAGGAAUCGAGAGACUUGAUCCUGCGUAUUCGCAGGAGGAAUUUGUACCAGUUUUGUAAUGAGUAUGCCGUACCAAAGGACAAACUAGAAAAUUUCAAAGAUGUCACUCCUCAAGAUAUUGUUUGUUCCCAGAGAAAUGGUGGAAUGAUACUUAAAGAAGAGGAUGUUGCUGUUAGCAAUGUCAGGAUUGAUUUGACUCGUGGAAGGCAUAAUCCUCUGGAAAGAAUCAACUUUUUCAAGGAUUAUGAGAGCGAGGAUAAGUUUUCGAUACCUGAUGAUCGCAUUAGUCACUUGCUGCCGACAUCAUAUCAAGAUAUGAUAGUGAGGGUGUACUCUAAAAAGCCUGAACUGGUGGGAGCAAUCUCUGAGGCUUUUGAAAAUUUCCAGUUACGGACAUAUGGGAUUAAAGCACAAGUGCAUGCGACGCCGGAGAAGAAGAGACGCCGUCUAUAAGGCUGUCCAUGGUGGUUUGCCUCUAUAAUUUUUCCCAUAAAAAUAAUUAAUUGAAUAUAGAUAUGUGUAUUUGAUGGUCAGUUUUUUAACUUGUAUAAUCAAGUAAAUAUCAAUGAAGCAUUUAGCUUCCAUCUAAAGAUAUGCCCAAAGUUUGACGGCUC